UCGGUUAAGUUUGACAACCUGGUCCUCUCCGUGACACCUCAAGCAAAAAGCCGCUGUUUACAUUAUUGAGAAACUACAAAAAUAUCCAAGAAUAUCCCGCCAAUCCUAAAAGUUUUUAUUAAAUAAGAAGACGGAAAGCGUCCCUAAACAUCCACUCCAAUGGCCGAAGCCGAUAAAUUGAACAUCGACUCCAUUAUAGCCCGUUUAUUAGAAGUGCGAGGUGCCAGGCCGGGAAAAAAUGUCCAGCUCACUGAGAACGAAAUAAGAGGCUUAUGCUUAAAAUCCAGAGAAAUAUUCCUUAGCCAGCCAAUCCUUUUAGAAUUGGAAGCCCCUUUGAAAAUAUGUGGUGAUAUUCAUGGUCAAUACUAUGACCUGCUUCGUCUAUUUGAAUACGGAGGUUUUCCACCAGAGUCCAACUAUUUAUUCUUAGGUGACUAUGUGGACCGUGGAAAGCAAUCCCUUGAAACUAUCUGUCUCCUUUUGGCCUACAAAAUCAAAUAUCCAGAAAACUUCUUCUUGCUUAGGGGUAACCAUGAAUGUGCUUCCAUUAAUAGGAUUUAUGGUUUUUAUGAUGAAUGCAAAAGAAGGUAUAACAUAAAACUAUGGAAGACCUUCACUGACUGUUUUAAUUGUCUUCCUGUAGCUGCCAUUGUUGAUGAAAAGAUCUUCUGUUGCCAUGGGGGUUUGAGUCCUGAUUUGCAGUCAAUGGAACAAAUUAGGAGAAUAAUGAGGCCGACAGACGUGCCUGACCAAGGAUUACUGUGUGAUCUGUUAUGGUCUGAUCCUGACAAAGACCAAAUGGGAUGGGGAGAGAAUGAUAGAGGGGUCAGUUUUACUUUUGGGGCUGAGGUUGUUGGAAAGUUUUUACAUAAACAUGAUUUUGAUUUGAUUUGUCGAGCACAUCAAGUCGUUGAGGACGGUUAUGAAUUCUUUGCCAAGAGGCAACUCGUUACUCUGUUUAGUGCCCCCAAUUAUUGUGGUGAGUUCGAUAACGCCGGGGCGAUGAUGUCGGUGGACGAAACCCUGAUGUGCUCCUUCCAAAUCUUAAAACCGGCCGACAAACGAAAGUUCCAGUAUAACAUGAACGCGGGCCGACCGGUCACGCCACCUCGCGGCGCCACCAAUAAAAACAAGAAGAAGUGAGAGCAGCCCGCGCCGCCCAGGGAGCAUAUUUAUUAGGAUAAAAACUGAGCGAGAGCGAAUGAUCAUUAGAGAGCAAGUGGACCGUUUAUUUUUAUUUCGUUUUUAAGUUUAAUAGUAGGAAAUUCACACACACACACAUGCAUAAAAAAUGUUUAGGUGUCAUUGUUGUCGUAGUUGGUGGGUCAAUAACUUGUACAAAAAGUUUCGUUUACUCAUUUGAUUGUGGGCGGAAUAUUGAGGUUUUUAGGGUUAUAAAUGAUCUCUUGGCUUUUCUGUCGCUCCCCUAAACUGAAUGUCUUAUUUUUUUGAAACUCUUAAAGGUGUCACGGAAGCAACCAACUAAGUCGAAAAUAUAAGAUAUUACGUUUUGCCCACUUUAACUCUUAUAUCAUAUUAAUAAUGAUAAUAUUAAGUUUACAAACACUCGCCUUCAUAAUCAGUUGCCGCCACCACAUUUCUUGUAGGUUAAGGGCUAAUUUCGAAGCUUUUUUUAAUUCACUCAUACAUGGCCAAAACGUUGUAAUUUGAUUAAUAAUUGUGAAUGUUUUAUGCGGAUAUUUAUGAAUAAAAUAUCGUACGAUAGGUUUUCACGGUAACUGUUGUGGUAUUUUUUUUUGCAUAUUUUUGUUCUGUCCCUGUACAUUUCACUUAUGCGGAGUGCCUCAAAGGAAAACAUACUAGAAACAAUCUUUCUAAAACUCGUUCUGUAUAGUAAAUUGUGCCAAAAACACAUUUUUUGAGGCACUUUCUUAUUUUUAAAGUUUAACUUAUAAAAUCCUAGUUAUUAGUAUUAAGAACUACUGAUGAUCUUUUUAAAAUCAGAGAAAAACAUAAUACAAUAAGGAUAAAACUCGACAAAUAUAGACUGUAAGUUAAAUUAAAUAUUAAAAAAAAAAAACGUCUCAUACUUAAGGGUUAGGCUAAGACAAAUUUGGAAAUAAGUUAUUAGUACUUGCUUGGCAGGUGAACUAAUGAAUCUGAAAACGAGUGUGCGUUGCCAUAACGUCGUAAGUGCCAAAUGGCAAUGGAAAGAGGUAAAUUUAAAGGUAUAUAAUAUCAACAUAAUACAAAAUAAGGCGGUUUUGUUGGUUAGGGUCAAUACAAUCAAAACACUGAGAUCUAUCUGGCGUUUCCUCGUCAUCCUCAGGAUAGCAAAAAUUGACAUAUUUUUGUAUUAUAAAGCAAGAGGUACCUAAUAAAAGCUUAAAAUAUUCUAUCGUGCAAAAUUAUAAUAUCAUCGAAGAAUUUGUUUUGUUUUAAUUUGUGAUAAUUUUUUAUUGUAUUCGACAGUAUUUGAUGAUUAAAUAUUGUAUAUGAACAAGAACAUAGACUAUUUCCUUAUGAUUUAUGUUCAUUACCUUCAAAUUUUGUAUGUUGGAUAUCCAUCUAGCUCAUCAAACUUUAAAGGCCUUACAAGAAAAUUGAACAGUAAUUUAUGACUAUUUCCUUAUGAUUUAUGUUCAUUACAUACAAAUUUUGGAUGUUGAAUAUUCUACAUCUAACUCGUCAAACUAAGGAUUAACAACAGGAUAGAGACUAUUCAAAAUAACUAUUAGAUUGUAUGCUUGGUGAUUACCAUGAAUACUAACGAAAUGACAAAAAAAAUUAUUGUGUGAUGAAACUACACUGAACUUCAAUUAGUUACUAUUUUACGAUAUAGUGUCUCCAAUAAACCAGUGGAGAGAUUCUGGAUAUUUGUAACUUUAAUCAGUGGCACGCCAAAUAAGGUAAUAGCGCAAAGUUGUGAUGGUGCGUCAAUAAUGAGUGGUAGUGUUAAUAGGGUAUAAGAAAUAACGAUAUAUAUUUAUUUGUAAACUUUGUAUAUUGCUAUGCACAUCAAAUUAACCUUAUAAUGAGCAACACGGCUUCAGUUAAUGCUUCUGUGCGAUUUUUUUUUGCUGAAUUGGAUGAGAUAGUAAGUACAUAAAUGAUUACCACGAUCAUCACAAACUAGAUGGAAUAUUUAAUUGUGUGGAGUUACUACAGUUUAUGAAUACUAAAAUCAGCUGAUAAGAGUUGUAAUCAUUGAGCAAGGCGAUGCACAUAAAUUUAGAUUGGAGGAUAGAGAUUUCAUACUUGUACAGUAUUGGCCGUAAUUAUUGCAAUAUUUUUCUUUUUAAUUGGGUUACAUUUUCUAGUUUCUAUGAACAUUUUGUAAAGUAGUAAGUAUAGUCUUAUAAAUCAAACAUUUUUAUUGCUAGGUAAAUAAGUAAACAAAAAUAUGAGUAAAUGACAAAAUUAUUGUAAGAAAUUUAUUUUGUAUAAUAACAUAAACUGAGAUUCAUAACAAAUAAUUCAUUAUCAAUUUUUGGUAUAACAAUAGAUGGUAUAGUUAGCUUUUAUAACAUCAGCACAUCUUUUGGGCAUUAAUUGGACUUAAAUAAAUAAUUAAUAAUAUUCCUAUCAAUGUUGUUCCAUGCCUUAAGCAAUGCUUUGAAAGGUUCAUCUACAUUUCUGAAAUUUGUUUAUUUUUUAUCUCCCAUAAGUCCUCAAUUGGAUUGAGGUUCGGGCUUUGAGCAGGCCACUUAAGAACUUUAAUUUUUUCUUUUUUCAUUUAAUCUUUUACGACCUUAGAAUAGUGUUUGCGAUUAUUAUCGCGUUGAAACAUGAAUGUUAGUGCUAUUGCUCCAUCUGUAUAAGGUCCCUACACCAUACCAUUUUGCCUCGUACGGUGUAGCUGUUUCAAAGCCUGAAAGCGGUGCGCAAUGUGCAUUUUUUAUUUAUUUUUUCAUUUUUGGGACGUGAAACUUACUAUUCCGUCAAUCCCAAACAGAUUAAACCUAGACUUUGAAAAUGACUUUUUUACGUGCCGACCCCGGUAGCACCGUGGGCAAAGUGUUCACGAUGCGAUCGUGUGGUCUCAGGUUCGAAUCCUGGCAUGGGCAUGGUUGUUGGUGUUUGUCUUUCAAAAACACUCGUGGUUCGGAACCCACGUUAAACUGUAGGUCCAUAAUAACCAACAAGAUUGGGCGGACGUUGAAAUACGACGCGAGUCCAUUGUAAUUGAGGAAGAAGAAGAAGACUUUUUUACAGUCAUUAAAGGUCAAGGAUAUUUUCAAAGCUUUGUAAGAUAGUAGUCCUCUUUCAAACGAAUCUUCUUCUGAUUGUACGGUCAGUGAUUCUGAUGCCUCUUGAUUCCUCCAAAAUAUCCUUAAUGUUUAGAUGACGAUAUGAAUGGGUGAUUUUUGGAUUUAAACUGACACAGUUUUACUACGAGUCAUUUUAAAGUUUACUUGGUGGAGACGCAUAAGUCUUGGUAAAUCUUGCAAUAAUUUUAUCCAGGCCAAAAAUUGUUAUAAAUAACAUUUUUGGCGUAUCUACACAAACCGGACUGUCUUGGCGCCAAUAAACUCCUUACUCUUGUAGUAUGAUUUAAAAUUAAAAUCUUGCAGUAGUAAUAAUUAUGGCCAAUACUGUAUAUAUUAUGUACUUCAACACUUUUAGGUUUUAUUGCUCGUUAUUACAAAUUGGAUAUGUUACCAGAAUUACAGUAGUCUUACCUUAAUCUUAAUAAAUGUCCUAACACGUACACUUUGAUAAUAUAUUUUACUUGUUUUUUGUCUUUAAAUAGAUCUUGGUAACGGCAAGCAGCAGAGUGGUUUCAAAUGUUAGUGUGCGGCCACACAUAAAGCUGGUAGCGGAGAAGGUGACUGAGAGUACUUCAGAUACUGGAUCCACAUGUUCGGCGGCAUAUUUUAAUCAGACUACAGUCUUUAUAUAUCCGGAAACCGGGUACAAACACCGUCUCACGAUUUUGUUUUCUUUUGGCCUCUGGAUUCUUCGAUACAUCUACGAGUUUUCGUUUGACCAUAUUUUGGCCUGCUUGAGUGCUUCUAGUUCUUCCAACUCAUUUUUAAAUAGUGAUUCAGUAAGCAGACUUCUUUUUCCUACGCAAAUUAACUGGUCUGAGAGGUUUUAUUACUUCGGGAGAAACAAAUUUCGAUGGUAUUUUUGGUAAUGUAAAGAAUUGUGGUUUUCGACGGCCUGGUCUGGGUCAUAGCUUCCGAACAAAGGAUGUUUAGGAGAUCUCCAUUGACAAGUUUUGGUGUUUGGUGCUCAGCAGGUUUACAUAGUAAAUAGUGAAGUCCACAUAGUAAAUAGCCAAUGGAACUUUCGAUCCUGAUAGCUGCUUUAAAGCUGGUAAUGGCAAAUCAUUAUUGGAGUCCCAUUCAUCUUUGCAGAUGGUUUGAUUUGAAUUUGCUGCAUUUUGGUUACCAUGCCUUUGACCUUUAAUUUGGAUCUGAUUAAUCUCAUACUUUUUUUUUGUUUAUGGUAAACACAAGCACAAGAGGAAAGUCUAUGUCACUCUUGGAGUGGUGCUUGCGCGAAGAUAUUUGUGGGCAUUUAUCUUGAAUCGCUGUAGGUUGUAUGCGUCGGGAAAUAUGUGAGGUGGAAGCCCGUUCCACAAAGAAGAUGUUCUCCAGAUGAAUGAGUCCCGAUACAGCGACGUCCUUAUGGUAGGCAGGUGGACUCGAUGUUGAUGAGCCGCAACUGCUAGACGCGUCCUUCUUGCCGGAACAGCCCUGGGUGCAAUCAGGCCUGCCAGCUCAGAGGAGCACUUACCGUGAUAAUAACGGUAGAAUAAACAGAGAUCAGCCACCUUUCUCCUGUGCUCCAGACUAUCCAGACUCUUUGUCAGUUCUGGUUUGUCGAUAAGACGAAUUCUACUGUAUAGAAUCCAGCUGCUCCAUACUGCUCUUUCAAUUAAAGCGAUUUCCAGCAUAGGCCAAUUCAGCAACUUGAAAUUGAGAGCAUGGUCGACCAUGAUUAUUAACGUGUCAUUUGUCAUAUUCUUGUGCGAAUAGGGCGUUUUUAGAGAUCCGAAAAACUUCUGUCAAAAGUCCCUGCUAUGGGGAGGCAGACUUAAAAUGUUAGUACCCAUUUUCCGACAAUUGCACUCCUACUAAACUCGGGCGACUAGUCCAAAAUAAGUAGAACUAAAUAUUCAAUUUGCAAAAAGUUUGAAAAUGGUCUAUCCAGUCUACGAAUGGAUCACUAUUAAUAAAUCCAGAGUUAGAGACAAGUUGAAGUGUUCCUGGUGGAGCUUUUUAAGUCAUUCCAGGUUUCAUCCGUUUUCAGGUAAAUGCAAUGCAUACAACAAACUGCUGUAAUUAGAUGUUCUUUUUCACUUGAAAACAAUUUUGUCUACAGUGCUUUUUAUUUUAGAACCAAUAACUUUGGGUAAUUCGAUGAGAACGGUUAUGGUUUCUUCACGAUUCUUAACACGCACGAGUAAGACUUGCCUUUUCUGAAGAACGAAGGCUUAGCUUGAAAGAGUAAAUGCAGCCUUUUGCAGCUGAUUUUUUUCGUGAUUAAAUCUAUCUAUGUUCUGUAAACUUGUUUCUCUCAGAAUAUAAUGCCUUAAGUAUAAAUUCGUAAAAAUUGUAUCUAAGUUUCUUCAAUAAUUAGCUAGUUCCUUCUCCGUUGCUGUAGUAAAAACUAAAAAUAGAAGCCCUAAAAGCUAUAGUUUUGAAAGAACCUACAGGAAUUGGUUUGCGUAUUACAGAAAAUAUAGGUUUACAACUUAUCCAAAAAUAUUACAUGAGAGUUGACAACUUUGUCGUUUUCGGUUAACUUAGUUUGCACUGAAGCUUGAGGAUAAAUGGACUAGGCAGUUCGUCCUACAGUGCCAUCUGCAAUUACAAGGCUAAAUUAAGGGUAUAUUAUUGUUACAUGUACUCAUCCUGAAAAUUAGCGUUGUCCAACCAGAUCUGAUUGACAUUAAGGUUCAAUCAGUAAAUCGCAAGCUAUGGUGCUUGAAUAUAAACUGUAUUUAUCAGUAAGGGAUGACUAUUCAUUUGUCUCAUCUUGCAACACCACUACGAAAAUGAACUAACUACUAAAUAUAUUAAUGUUCAAAUCCAACAAACCGCCUCCAAUUAAUAUUAACUUUCAGGAGUAUGUUCUCCGUGAAUGUUUUCACUCCAAAAAGUAUAAAUUUUCCGCAAGUUCCUUGCGCCAAUAAGUAUGAUUUUCUGAAAUAAUUCAGAGCCUUGACACUUAAAACGUUAUAGAAAUGCACGCCUUACACUAAAAAAAGGGACUAUUAAUUAACGUUUCUUUUUCCAAUUUUUGUUUUUUUUUUUAAAUAUUGCGCCUUUCCUUCCAUCCCUCCAUCUGUUUUUUUUUGUUGAGUUCUGAUAGGUAUAAAUAUAUUUUUUUAUAUACCCUUGUUUGUUUUAUUAUUAUUUGCUUUGGAAAAGUGUGAAAGCUGAGGUGGGCCAAGCAAACGAAAAAUAUGUGACCACAUUUUAAAAAAAUGUCUGAUAAGAAUUAUAUAUGGGAAAAAAGCGGUUUAAUUGGGUCUUAAUUUAUCGUAAAUUAUGUUUUUAAUAAAUAUACAAUAUUUA